AUCGAUCCCACCGCGCCAAAUUAAAUCCCUCCCUCAAUCCAAAUCACCGCCUUCUUUUAACGGUCACCAUUCCCUCCCUCCUCUCUCCUCACAUCUCCUUGUUCUCACCUUCUCCACAGAUCUCCUCCUCUUAAACCCUGAUAGGAAGAAGACGAAGACGACGACAAUGGCUUCGCCGCCGCCGCCGCUGCCGCCGCCGCCAUCGUUUUUGGAAUCAGGGUGUCGGCAUCAUGCCUAUAGCAGGAAGCAGAAGUCGCUGGGGCUCUUGUGCUCCAAUUUCGUGAGCUUAUACAAUAGGGACGAUGUGGAAUCGGUGGGCUUGGAUGAUGCAGCGCGAAGGCUAGGGGUGGAGAGGAGGCGGAUCUAUGAUAUCGUCAACGUUCUGGAGAGUGUCGGGGUGCUAGCAAGGAAGGCUAAGAAUCGGUAUUCUUGGAUCGGAUUUUCGGGGAUCCCAAAGGCCCUCGAAGAUCUCAAAGGAAACGCAUUAAGGGAUAUUUAUGGCUCCUAUUCAGAUGAUUAUUCUACCAAGGUUUCGGACGAUGAGGAUGACGACAAAUCAGCAGAUCAGAUGGUGAAUUUUGAAAGUGGAAAGUUGAGUCCAACGUUUAACGCUUCUUCUUCGAGCACUGCCUGUUGUAGGGCAAGAUCUGUUACAGAUCAGAGAAAAGAGAAGUCGCUAGGCCUACUCACCCGAAACUUUGUUAAACUUUUCCUUACCACAGAUGCUGAUACAAUCUCACUCGAUGAAGCAGCAAAAAUACUUCUCGGGGAUGGUCACGAGACGGUCAAUAUGAGAAAUAAUAAUGCAGCUAAGGUCCGGCGGCUGUAUGACAUAGCUAAUGUGUUGUCUUCUAUGAAUCUCAUUGAGAAGACUCAGCAGUUAGAGACGAGAAAACCGGCAUUCCGGUGGUUGGGCACCAAAGGCAAGCCAAAGGAGGACAACGGUGUGACCAUUGCAAUACCUCCGGCUCCAAAUACGAAGCAGCCAAACAAAAGGGCUUUUGGAACAGAGAUUACUAAUGUGGAUUUGAAGCGGAACAGGUUGAAUUCUGCGGUAGACAAGAAACCUAACAAGAUGCAGAUGAGAAGUGAUGAUCUAAAGCAGUGCAAUCUGACGGCACAGACGCAACUGCAGGACUCCAAGGGUGGUUUUGUUUUUGGACCUUUCCAACCGACAGUCGCGAUGAAAGGAGGCGGAGAUGGCCAGACAAGCGAUGAUAAAGUUCGGGACUGGGAAAGUUUGGCUUCUUCCUUCCGACCUCAAUAUCACAACCAAGCACUCAGUGAGCUAUUUGCUCAUUACAUGGAGGCGUGGAAGUCGUGGUACUCAACAAUGGCUCAGGGAAGCAGUGCAUUGCAGUUGCCCUGUAGCAACUCCGUCUUUAACCAGCUGUUGUAGAUCAACCUGGAUUCCACCUGGUCCUUGGAUGGCCUUAACUCAAUUCAUCUGUACAAUAAUUUGUCAAAAUACAUCUUGUCUUGGCCUUUGGCUUGGGGUAUUCACUCAAUACUUCAGCUCAAUGCUGUCUUCACAAACACAAAUCUCAAAUCAACUGUCUUGCUUCUUAA